AUGCCCAUGUGUGGCUGCACGUUUACAUCACCGAUACAAUUGUUUGCACCCUAUAAUUUCCCAGAGAUCUCGUAUACCAUGAAAACCAUGCACCGAACGUUACGUUACGGCCGUAGAGCUGGCCAUGUCAACUUCUUGACAUCGACGUGCAGUUUACGAUAUCUUCCACCAUCUCAAUGCUUUCAGUCGCUGCAUAAAUCAUUCAGCAGUGUCUCAGAAACCCAGAAACGACUUCCUCAACUACAAGCAUCUCAGCCAGAAUGCUCGACGCAGCCUCAACACGUCCAGACAGUUUCGAAGAUAUUAGAAAGCACAGGAGUCCUCAAAAUAAGUCUUGACUUCCCCGACGACGACAGCCAGUAUCUUAAGCAACUCGUCCUAAGUCUCCAUGAAUACCAUGGACACAGGCUGCCUAUCUCUCACAGUGCCAGCCGUGGUUGGUUCUGGGAUGUUCGACCGAGUACUUCCAGCACACAGACCGCCAAUUACCAAGCGCGCUCCGAAACGAUGGAGGAAUUUGCCUGGCAUACAGAUUGCAGCUACGAAGACCCACCGCCAAGGUACUUUGCCCUUCAAGUCCUCCAGCCAGAUCGAUAUGGCGGCGGCAUACUCUCGCUCAUGAAUGUCCAAAGGCUGAGCGAACGGCUUUCGUCGGCAACCCGAGCCGCGUUGAUGCUGCCGGAGUACAGGAUCGCAACUCCCCCCGAGUUUUACAAGCAGAAUAAGCAAGGCCACAUUAUUGGCGGGAUUCUUUCGAUUGACUCGGAUGGUCGGUCAGUUAUGCGAUUUAGGGGUGAUAUUAUCUCAACAUUGAGCAGUACCUCGUCUCAGGCGGUGGAAGAUCUCAAGAGAAGCCUGUUAAUCGCCGCAACCGACUCAGAAGUUACUCUCCAUCUAUCAGCAGAGGAACUGCCUGCCCGAUCUAUUGUGUUGGUUGAUAAUCGCCGGUGGUUACAUGCACGGACUGAUGUCAAAGACCCAGAAAGACAUCUGCGUCGUAUACGCUGGGAUCCAAUUUCUUUUCCUGGCCUCGCGCAUGAGACUUACACUAGCACCACCGAACCUAGCACCUCUGUGCUAGUGUAG